AGAAACAUACCAACUGUCCAAUGCUCAACUGUCUUGUGCUUGUUACACUGAAAGAGCCGGGGUGAAAGAUUGGAAUAACAUCAACAGAAUGAUCUCAUAAUCAAUAACGACACGAAACAAGCCACCAUCACUCCUUUAUCGCCACAGGCUUCCUCGUUCCCACCCCGUCCCCCCCCCAUCUGCCAUCACCGACGCCAUGAGCGGCGAAGACCCCUACAAGAAAUAUGCUCAUCUCCCUAUUCCUUCGUAUGAAGAGGCCACAUCUUCGCGACCAUCCUCUGCGAAUACUGUCAACGAGACGGCCGACGACACAGAACGCCAGGGAUUAUUAGGAGGUCAAUCACAGCAAGCCGCCCGCAAUGGCGCAUACCGAGCACCCACUGCCGAGUCACCACGACCUAGCGAAGACAGCGAUCUAUACCUACCCGAGGUGAAUGGCGACGAUGAUGACGAAGAAGCGGCAGUACGGCGAGACAUGGAAGAGAUGGACAUACUGGAGCCUGAAUCGGCGACAAGUCGGCGGCGAGGUCAACUGUUUGGCAAGUUGUCGCAUACAUGGAGCAAUCUACCUUCGUUCCGUCGCUUCUCCAUGCCGUCCUUUUCGUCUUUGCGCCAGCGUCUGCCCACGAUACCGGAGGAGUUUCGUCUCAGCUUGCCUGUCAUAGCCCGUCUGUUUGGUCUCUUCACCAUCGCUGCAUUGAUAUACAUACUCUUUGCGCUGGACAUUAUACCCAAUGCUGGACACAUGGCUCAACACUAUGAUCCGGAGAGCGUGCGCGCUAGAGUCCAAGAGCAGGCUUCAUUAUCACCGAGUCGCAUUUCCGAGUACCUCGAGUACAUCACCUCUUACGAUCACGUCGCAGGCACAGAGGGCGACUUCUUCUUGGCAGAAUGGGUUCAAGAUAACUGGCGCGCACACAAUCUGGACGAUGUCAGGAUGCACGAAUACUUUGUCUAUAUGAAUUACCCGGAAUCAGACGGUCGCAAUGUUGAGAUUGUAUCACCACCAGACAGAAGAUGGACUGCUUUGCUCGAGGAAGAGUCGGUGUUUAAGGAUUCAGGAAGAGAGAAACAACAAACGCUGAACUGGCAUGGAUACUCGAAGCAGGGAAAUGUCACUGGUCACUUGGUAUAUGCCAAUGGUGGCUCGCGUGAGGACUUCCAGCACCUGAAGGACAUGGGUGUUGAUUUAAAUGGAGCUAUUGUUCUGGUCCGAUACUACCAUACGGAAGCCGACCGCGGACUCAAAGUCAAGGCUGCCGAGAUGGUAGGAGCUGCAGGCUGUCUUAUCUACUCGGAUCCCAAAGAGGACGGCUUCCUCAAAGGUCCCGUCAUGCCGGAUGGACCAUGGAGACCGCGUGACUCGGUACAAAGAGGCUCUGUUGCCUUAUCUAGCUUGGUGGUGGGAGACCCCUUGACUCCUGGAUAUCCUUCUCACAAGGAUGCCAAGCAGAGCCAGGAUAUUGAUGGAAACAUUACUGGUCUACCACAAAUUCCCAGUCUACCACUGGCAUGGAGAGAUGCUCAACAUUUGCUGAUGGCUCUCAAAGGACAUGGCAAACAAGUUCCAAAAGAAUGGGAAGGUGGUGUGCCGGAUGUAGAAUGGUGGACCGGCGACAAACAAUCGCCCGAAGUCAAUCUCGUCAACAAAAACUUCGUCACAGCCAAACAACAAAUCUGGAAUGUGCAUGGUUUAGUUCAGGGCAUGGAAACACCUGGCAAGAAACUGAUUGUUGGUUCUCAUCGCGACAGUUGGUGCUUUGGCAGUGUUGAUGCAGGAAGUUCUCAAGCCGUUCUCAUGGAAGUUGUCAAUAUCUUCGGCGACUUGAUCAAGCUCGGCUGGCGGCCUUUGCGCUCCAUUGAAUUUGUCUCUUGGGAUGCUGAGGAGUAUAAUCUGGUCGGCUCAACCGAGUUUGUUGAGGACAACAUGGACUACCUACGCAAGAAUGGUGUCGGAUACCUCAACGUCGACGUCGGUGUCUCAGGUCCUGACUUCCGCGUCGCUGGAUCUCCAGUGUACAAGAAAGCGCUCAUGCACGUCCUCGACCGUGUUUCCGACCCCUACAAGAACGUCACUCUUCGCCAACUCUGGGAUGAAAAGAACCAACAAAUCGAAGGCUUAGGCGCAGGAAGUGAUUACGUCGCUUUCCAAGACAUGGCUGGAACCUCAUCACUCGACUUCGGUUUCGAAGGCCCUGAAAACGGCUAUCCUUAUCAUUCUUGCUACGAGACUUUUGAGUGGAUGACUAAAUUUGGAGAUCCCGAAUUCCAAUAUCACAAGACUCUUGCCCAAGUUUGGGCAUUGCUUAUUCUUGAGAUCGCGGAUCGACCUAUUAUUCCCUACGAUCUGAACGACUAUGCCACUUUUCUUUCUCCCACUAUUGAUGAGUUGGAGAAGGAUGCGACCACCACUGCAUCUAAGCUGAAGACCGACAUCAAGAAGACGCCGUUCUCUGUUCAACCUCUGCGCGAUGCGGUAGCGACAUUCACCGAAAAAGCAAAGGAGUUCCACGAGUUUGAUGAGAUGUGGGCGUCCAAAGUACUUGCCGGAUCUGGAGGCUUCGAAACAAACGCCUAUGCCUUGAGGAGGAUAGAACAUAAUUCUCGUGUCAUUGAGUUUGAGACUGAUCUCUUGGAUCUGCCUGCUACUGGAGAACAAGGACCUUAUGGUGUACCUGGAAGAGAACAAUACAAACACGUCAUCUUCGGACCACAGCUUUGGGAUGGCUACGCAGCUGCCUUCUUCCCUGCUGUACGAGAUGCAGUCGCUGAAGGCAGAUGGGAAGACGCACAGAAGCAAUUAGAACGUGCGGCGAGGAUAUUGAAGCAAGCGGCUGUUAAACUGACUGCUUGAAACCAAAACUCGUUCUUGGUACUGUAGUAGAUCAUUCUUUUCUUUGUGUAUAUACCUUCAUUCCUGUUUCGUCUAGAUGUUUUUUGAGGCCAGCGGCAUUGUUAGGGCGUUUAUGUUUGUGGAUGUUUAUCCGAUACAGCAGCUGUCAUCU